CAGGCCUCUGGGGGCGCCAGGAGUCGAAAUUGACUUGAUGGCACGCUUUACGUUACUGAACGGAGGGAAGAGAUUCAUAUCGCUUCUCAAACUGGCCUUGAUUGAAGCUACAGUCCACCAGGGGGCGCCAGGUAGAAAAAUGGAAGAUAAGCCUCAGCCAGGACGAAAAGUUUUCUUGAGAGAGAGAGAGAGAGAGAUGAAAAGAAACUGAAUCAUCUCAUUAUUUGAACAGCAUAUAUUUGGGGGUUUAAAUCUGAGAAGCGUUUGUGGCGUCAUGGCACCAAAGAAGCCAGCAGAGUCCGGGAAGCGCAAGAGGGAGCUGAUUCUCUUGGAGGUCAAGCAGGACAUCAUCCGCAAGCAUGAGCAAGGCAUGCGAGUGGUGGACCUUGCAAGAGAGUAUGGCAGGAGUGCUUCGACCAUUGCGACCAUCCUCAAGGACAAGGAGAGGAUUAUGGGUCGUGAGACAGCCAAGGGUGUCACGAUCCUUACCAAGAACCGCCCUGCCAUCAUGGACGAGGUGGAGAAGUUGCUGCUGCUGUGGAUCCGCGAGAAGGAGCGUGCAAGGGACACUGUGACUUCAGCAGUCGUGUGUGCCAAGGCCAGGGCCUUGCAUGCUGACCUGAUCGCCCAGCAGCCAGGAACUUCGCACAAAGAGUUCAAGGCAAGCCACGGGUGGUUUGAGAAAUUCAAGAUGAGGUCCGGUAUCCGCAGUGUCGUCCGGCACGGAGAGGCUGCAAAUUCGGAUCUGGCUGCAGCGGAAGAAUUCGCCACGGAGUUCUUGGAGACCGUGACUGCUGAGGGCUACCUUCCGGAGCAGGUCUUCAAUUGUGAUGAGACCGGCCUCUUUUGGAAAAGGAUGCCAAGGAGGACCUUCAUCACACAGGAGGAGACCAAGAUGCCUGGCCACAAGCUGAUGAAGGACCGCCUCACCCUCCUCUUCUGUGCAAACGCCAGGGGUGAUCUGAAGGUAAAGCCUCUGCUGGUUUACCAUUCGGAGAACCCCCAUGCUUUCAAGAAGCACAAAGUCAACAAGGAGAGGCUGAGCGUCAUGUGGCGGUCCAACGCCAAGGCCUGGGUCACACGGGUCCUGUUUGUGGACUGGGUGAACCAGGUGUUUGGUCCAACAGUGAGGAGGUACCUCCAGGAGAAGAACCUGCCCCUGAAGGCCAUCCUCUUGAUGGACAAUGCGCCUGCACAUCCUCCUGGGCUGGAAGAAGACUUGGCGGAGGAAUUCAAGUUCAUCCGAGUCAUCUUCCUGCCACCCAACACCACCCCCCUCAUCCAGCUAAUGGACCAGCAACUGAUUGCCAGCUUUAAGAAGUUGUACAUGAGGGAGCUGUUCCGGCGUUGCCUGGACAUGACGGAUGGGUCAGGCAUCAUUCUGGCUGACUACUGGAAGCACCAUUUCGAUAUCGUGAGCUGCCUGCAGCUCAUCAAAAUUGCGUGGGACAGUGUCAGCCAGAGGAACCUCAACAGUUGCUGGAAGAACUUGUGGGCAGCCUGCGUUGCCUCCACUGAAUCCAGCACACAGGAGCAGGCCGUGGUAGAGGAGAUCGUCUCCCUGGGGCAGACCAUGGGCCUGGAGGUUUCAACACAGGACGUGGAAGAAUUGGUCGAGGGACACAACCUUGAACUUUCCACCGAGGACCUGUUGAGCCUGCAGGAACAGGAGCAGCAAGGGGUGCAGCCAAACACACCUGAGGAGCAGGAGGAAGAGCCAAGGCAGUUGCCUUCGUCGUCUUAUAAGAGGGCCUGCGAACUGUGGGGAGAGCUGCAGACCUUUGUGAACGAUCUCAGUGAGGAUCAGGCUGCAGCCCAGGAAGCUGUGGAGCACUUUGAUAAUGUGGUCGUUGCCCCAUGGCGAGCAAUGCUCCGCAAGAGACAGAGGCAGCAGACCAUGGACCGGUUUGUGGUGAAGCAGACAAGGCAGGAGGAAAUGUUGGCUGAGGCUGAGGCAUGUUGAGUGUGCCUGCCUGCCUUUAAAGUGCCCUGAAGUGACCUGCAUCAAGUCCCAAAAAAAUGAUAAAGUGCUGUUGUAAAUGUUUAUUGUUGAAAAGUAAUGUUGCUGUGCAGUUUGCAUGCCUUUAAAGUGCACUUGAUAAAGAGUUUUGCACAAAAAACUGGGUGUCUGGGUCUUUUUCCUAGGCUCCGGAACGAAUUAAUCCGUUUCCAAUGCAUUCCUAUGGGAAACCGCUUUUCGACUUACGAACUUUUCGACCUACGAAUGUGCAUUCGGAACGGAUUAAGUUUGUAAGUCGAGGGACCACUGUAUUUAUUUUUACAUAAUGUACACUCUAAAUACUACUAUAUAUAGAUAUGUACUUUAUUUUAAUAUUUUCUGGUUUUACAGAUAAAUAAUACUGCAACAAGUAACAAUCUAAUACAAUUUCAAGUUAUAAAACAAAAUCAACCAAAUCUACUUUAAAAACGAAAAAGUGUAGGAAAAUAAUCUUAGCAUUCAUGUACAUGUGAUCUUUUAGUUACCCAGCUAUUAAAUGAGGUGUUAUUCUCAAUGCCAGUUACAAAGCAGAAAUUAUUUUUGCAAACUCAAAUUGGAGUAACGUUUUUGUAAACCGUAUACAGCUGCAAAUGCUACAAACAUUAAUAAUGGCCUUAAAAUUGCAACAGUAAUACAGGAUUCAUCACAAAUAACCUGGUGUUCAAAAGGUGGAUACCACCGGGAAUAGCCUAUUCAUGAAAAGAAAAAUAAUCUUUAAUGAGCAUGAAUAUUUUAUUUGUAAUAAAUUGAAAGAAUAAAAUAGAACUGUAAUACAUACGUUUGUUGUCCUCAUAAUCACGCUCAGCAUUUCCUGGAAGCAGGGAGUAUAAUGUUAUAAGAAAUGAAGAAAAAAUUAAAAAGAAAAUAUUUUAUUUCAGCUUUGUUUUUCUUUGCAGGCCCAAUGUGGCAAGGAACUACAAAGAAUCCCCACUGAAUAGCAUCAUCUAAAAUGUACAGUCAUCAAUGUUUAUAUACAUACAUAAUCAAAACUUUCUCUGCCAAUCUUGCAAACAUUAAUUAGGCAAACAUUUUGCAGGUUCCCUCUCAGGAGAUACUAGGCCACCCACUACUGAGAUAGGAGAGAGGUUUCAUCUCUAAGGCAAUAGUGCCACAAGUGCACAGUUUCAUUUUGCCCCAUAAAAAUUUAUUACAUUUUCUUGAGACAUUG